UGGCGCGGACGCCUGCUCAGUGUGCGCGGCCGGGCAAGCCUAUGCUGGCGUAAUCGGGUUCCUCCGAGCCGCCGUAGGACUGGUUCCGGCGGGCUGGUGAGGAAUGGAGGCGGUGGGCUGUUGCGGCGACUGCCGCGGCUCCUCCGUAGACCCACGGAGCACCUUCGUGUUGAGUAACCUGGCAGAGGUGGUGGAGCGUGUGCUCACCUUCCUGCCUGCCAAGGCAUUGCUGCGGGUGGCCUGCGUGUGCCGCUUAUGGAGGGAGUGUGUACGCAGAGUAUUGCGGACCCAUCGGAGCGUAACCUGGAUCUCCGCAGGCCUGGCCGAGGCCGGCCACCUGGAGAGGCAUUGCUUGGUUCGCGUGGUAGCAGAGGAGCUUGAGAAUGUUCGCAUCUUACCACAUACAGUUCUUUACAUGGCUGAUUCAGAAACUUUCAUUAGUCUGGAAGAGUGUCGUGGCCAUAAGAGAGCAAGGAAAAGAACUAGUAUGGAAACAGCACUUGCCCUUGAGAAGCUAUUCCCCAAACAAUGCCAAGUCCUUGGGAUUGUGACCCCAGGAAUUGUAGUGACUCCAAUGGGAUCAGGUAGCAAUCGACCUCAGGAAAUAGAAAUUGGAGAAUCUGGUUUUGCUUUAUUAUUCCCUCAAAUUGAAGGAAUAAAAAUACAACCCUUUCAUUUUAUUAAGGAUCCAAAGAAUUUAACAUUAGAAAGACAUCAACUCACUGAAGUAGGUCUUUUAGAUAACCCUGAACUUCGUGUGGUCCUUGUCUUUGGUUAUAAUUGCUGUAAGGUGGGAGCCAGUAAUUAUCUGCAGCAAGUAGUCAGCACUUUCAGUGAUAUGAAUAUCAUCUUGGCUGGAGGCCAGGUGGACAACCUGUCAUCACUGACUUCUGAAAAGAACCCUCUGGAUAUUGAUGCCUCAGGUGUGGUUGGACUGUCAUUUAGUGGACACCGAAUCCAGAGUGCCACUGUGCUCCUCAACGAGGACGUCAGUGAUGAGAAGACUGCUGAGGCUGCGAUGCAGCGCCUCAAAGCGGCCAACAUUCCAGAGCAGAACACCAUUGGCUUCAUGUUUGCAUGUGUUGGCAGGGGCUUUCAGUAUUACAGAGCCAAGGGGAAUGUUGAGGCUGAUGCGUUUAGAAAGUUUUUUCCUAGUGUUCCCUUAUUCGGCUUCUUUGGAAAUGGAGAAAUUGGAUGUGAUCGGAUAGUCACUGGGAACUUUAUAUUGAGGAAAUGUAAUGAGGUAAAAGAUGAUGAUCUGUUUCAUAGCUAUACAACAAUAAUGGCACUCAUACAUCUGGGGUCAUCUAAAUAAUAAUUAAAGUGACUUUCAUAAUAUGUAA